AUGACUAACGAAACUUUACUCUAUGUUCGUGAAAUUAUUCGCAAACCCAGUGACUAUAGAUCAUUUAAUACAACAACUGGUAUUUAUUCAUCAUCCGUUAUUAGCCAAACAGUAAACAAUCCUGAUAUAUCACCAGUAGCAUGUAUCGGUUUUGCCGUACUUAUAUUAACUACGGUAAUUGGUAAUACACUUGUGCUAGCAGCACUUUUUCUCGAUAAAAGACUUCAUACACCAUCGUUUUGUCUCAUUGCUAAUAUGGCUAUUGCUGAUUUAUUACUUGGUAAGAAUUUUUUUUUUUUUGAAAUACGAAAUUCAUCAAUGAAAAUACUUUUAGGUGUAUCUGUCCUUCCAUUUUCGUCCGUACUCGAACUUCUGGAUAAUCGUUGGAUUUUCGGAGAAAGUUUUUGUUCAGCAUGGCUUGCACUUGAUGUGCUUUGUUGUACAGCAUCAAUUAUAGGUUUAGCUGGUGUAUCUAUUGAUCGAUAUAUUGGUGUAACACGACCAUUAAAAUAUAGUAGAAUAAUGACCAUACGACGAACGAUUUAUUUAAUACUUAUUAUUUGGGCUGCAUCAAUUUUAACAUCAGUUGUACCAUUAUUUGGUUUAACUGAUCGAGGAACGCUAUUUAAAAAAACUAAUUCUUCACAUGAAGUUUCAGAAAGAUGUGAAGUUAAUAAAAAUACAUUUUAUACAUUAUUUUCUUCAACGAUAUCAUUUUAUAUACCAGUUAUAAUACUUCUUAUACUUUAUUCACGUAUAUAUCAAGAAGCAAAAAAACAAGGAAACAAAUUAGAAAGUGAAAAACGACGUCUUUAUGAAAUUGAUUAUCAAAUAGCGGCUGAACAUCUUCGACAACAAAAAAGUCAAUGUAAUGGAUAUGCAACAAAAAAUCGAAUUUCUUCAAAUAAAUCAGAUGAUAUUAAAAAUGAUGUGUCAGUAACACUUCUAAAUCCUGAACCGAUUCCUGAUGAAGAGACUAGUCUCAAUCGUACUUUAACGUCAACCUAUAAAGGUCCAUUGAAAAAAAAUUAUUCAGAUCCUCAGAAUACUCCCGAUGAUGAUGCAUCUCAUUCUGGCUCUUCACUUGCUCCUCGUAAAAAUCGAAUCCGUUGUUUUCUUGAUAAAAAUCUAUUUACAACAAUAAGACGAAAUUCUGCUCUUAAUACUUCUCAUCUUCCAAAUUACAAUAGUCAAAUGUCAUCAUCCGAUGAAUUAGCUGUAAUAAAACAUAAAUUACAUAAUCUUAAAUGUGAAAAAAAAGCUUUUCGUACAGUUGGCCUUAUUCUUGGUGCUUUACUUAUAUGUUGGCUUCCAUUUUUUGUAACAUUGCCUCUUAUGUCAAUACUUAAAGAUUAUGAAAUGAUUCAAGAUGAAAAGGCUGCAAAUAUAUGGUUUAAAAUUACUUUUUGGCUUGGUUAUAUCAAUUCAGCACUUAAUCCAUUUGUGUAUGCUUUUUCAAAUCGUGCAAUUCGUCGAGCAUUUCGCGAAGUGAUAUUUCGUCGCUUUUGUUGUUGCAUUUGUCGAAAGAAAUCAAAUCAGCACAAUGAACAAAACAUGGAUCGACGUCGCGGCAACCGUGGUGGUUCAUUGCCAACAGACACAUCACAAAUAACUUUGAAACGAAAAUGUUCAUAUACAACCGAUACUGUUCGAUCAAUACCAAAAAGAGAAAGUAGUCUUGAAACUUCAUCUCCUAAACCAGUUCGAUCUCCUAAUACUAGCGGGCCAGUUGUUUCGUUUGCUGAAUUUCUAUCUGAAACGGAUGAUGAUGAUGAUGAUAUUACAUCUCAUGAUAAUGAAAAACCUAAUUCAGAACUUAUUCCAACAUCAGCCGAGAAAAAUACGACAUUGACUUCGAAUUCUUAA